GCGUGGCUAUGCGCAGAGGGGCGUGGCUCUGGGUGCGGGCGGUGGUGGCGCCUGCGCAGUGAGCGGAGCGGGCGGCGGGGAGCGUGGUGCAAUGGCGGGGUACAGCGUGGAGGAGCGUGCCGCGCCGCACAGCCUGGAGUACCGCCUGUUUUUCAAGGACUCGGCCGGUCGGUACAUCUCCCCCUUCCACGACAUCCCGCUGUACGCGGACGCCGGCAAGAAUGUGUUCAACAUGGUCGUGGAAGUACCUCGAUGGACAAAUGCUAAAAUGGAGAUUGCGACAAAGGAUCCCUUAAACCCAAUUAAGCAAGAUGUGAAGAAGGGAAAACUGCGCUACGUAGCUAAUGUGUUUCCCCACAAGGGCUAUAUCUGGAAUUACGGUGCUCUCCCACAGACUUGGGAAGACCCGGGCCAUAAAGAUGAAAACACUGGCUGCUGUGGAGACAAUGAUCCAAUUGAUGUGUGUGAAAUUGGAAGCAAGGUCUGCUCACGAGGAGAGGUGAUCAAAGUGAAGGUGCUGGGCACGCUGGCACUGAUUGAUGAGGGAGAGACAGACUGGAAGAUAAUUGCUAUCAAUGUUGAAGAUCCUGAAGCAGAAAACUAUAAUGAUAUCAAUGAUGUCAGAAGGAUGAAGCCCGGAUACUUAGAAGCUACGGUGGACUGGUUUAGAAGAUAUAAAGUACCUGAUGGAAAGCCAGAAAACCAGUUUGCUUUUAACGGUGAAUUUAAAGACAAGGAUUUUGCAGUGAACGUUAUCGAAAGCACGCAUGAACACUGGAAAGCUUUGAUAGCUAAAAAAACUGACGGAGGAGAGAUCAACUGCACGAAUCUGACGGUCUCGGGCAGCCCCUUCUGCUGUAGUCAAGAGUGUGCGAAAGCUACUGUGGAUGCAGCACCACCGUGUAAAGCUGCCAACCCAAUCCCACCUGAAGGGUUUCAUCAGUAUCAUCAGUCCAGGUGAGGUGAGGAAGGAAAGCACUUCAUCUCCACAACGAGGGGCAGAAAAUGGCCAUGAAUGCAGUGCUUCAGCUGCUUCUGACAGGGGCUCUGUCACUAAGCAAGUGGCAACUGCAAGCUCGUAGCAAGGUUUUCUGCAUGUCUGGACCUGGUCUGUAGUGCAGUGCACAGCUGCAUAGGAAAAUGGCAAGUGUGGGACAACUCCUAAGCUGGAUGAGUCAGAUGGGUGCGAGGUAACCUGUGCUGCCAGCCCCUUGGCAGAGCCUUGUAGCUGCUCCUCAUGGCCAGCUGAGUAUGGCUGGCUUCCUCAGGGCAACACUGCACGUAGGGCACGUGAUGCAAUGGGCAGGAGCUGGUGCAGAGUGCUGAGCUCGUGCUGAGCUGGAGGUGAUGCAUACAGCACCAUGCGAGCCAGCUUUGGGCCAGCCCACACUUGAAUCAUAGAAUCAUUCAGGCUGGAAAAACCUCCAAUCACCUCACCACCACCACCUCCUUUCAGGAGUUGUAGAGAGCGAUGAGGUCUCUGAACCUGGUGUUCUCCAGCCUGAACCAUCCUGGUUCAUGGGGUGGCCGUACAGGACUAACCCUGCUUCGUUCUGCCCC